UGGUCUUUCAGGCACUAACUCCAGUUCCGCUCAAGUACACCAAUGCAAAAUACAAGAGGCUUCACCUUACAGAAGCUCAUCUGAUAAGGGGUAGGGUUAAAAAGUCAGCAGGUCCUGGGCAUUUGAAACUGAGUACCCAGAGGAGACUGGAUAUUCUAAAGUCAAACUUCUUGAAUUCCACAAAUUGGCCUCAGUCCCUGGCCUCCGGGGCUUCUGCUCAUGUCUCCCUGGGACCUGGGGGCAGAUGCAGAGUUCAGGCUCCAAAUCCACCUUGGAAGUCUCCUGGCUCAUCACUAGGAACUCCUUCCCCCACCUUCCAGCUGUUUCUGUGAUGCCUUUGAGAAAGACACAGCUUUUCUUCCAGGAAGAAUUCCUCCUGACCCUGUAGUAUCAGGAGGACUUGCCGGUUUCGACUGAAUGGCCCAGCGCUGCGCCACCUGUCACACGUGUAGCAGGAACGUGUGGGAGGUUCUGGAGGGCAAUUCUCAUCCACGGUGUGGUCCUGAGAAGGAAAGGGCAGCCAGGAGUACCUGAGGACUGUCACACAUACCCAUAGAGUGGGGGUUGCGGGGUGUCAGCUUCUGCUUUGUCCCCAGCUUGCCUUCUCUUCCUUCAUCAAUGCCACAUACACAGCAAUAACAGGACAGGAUGGAGUAGCAGGCAGAACCGGGAGUCAGAGGAGUCUGAGAACACUGCCGCCUGCCUCCACACUCUGAGCUAUUCUCGGAGGAGGGGGGACAGGAAGGCUAGGCUGGGCCUCCAGAGGCUGAAAUGGAGAGCGAUGGGGGAGUGAGGGGGUGCGGGAGAAUGGGUGUCAGGACUUUGAGCCCUGGGAUACAAGGCCAGUGCAGUUCUGAAGUGAAUCAGGGAUUUGGAAGCCUCUGGAGGAAGCAUGUAGGCACUUGGGGAAAUACUAAGAAAUGUGCAUUGGAAGAUUGUUCUAGAAGAAAGCUAUACAGUAGCCGGAAUGGGUUCUGGGAGGGGAGCACUGUGUGGCUGUGGGGGUGUUGGCUCAACCAGACCAUCCACAGGCAGACCAUGAAGCCCAACGGAAAAAGCCUUUGCUGGGUGCCAUCUUCCAGCCCUCACUGGAACGGAGCUCUCCUCAAUACCUCUCAGUGGUUUUUGAAUGAAUAACAGGGCGUCUAUAAUGGCUACUGCAGCUCCCCUACCCCUCCUGCAUUCCCUCCCUCUCUCUCCAGCGUCCCCACUAGCAUCCGCACAACCCCAGCAACUGGAACACAUUCCUUGGGCCUUGGAAGGGAGUCCGCUUCUGUUUCCCUCAUCACCUCCCCAUCUCUAACCACUACACGCUCAUCAGGCUACACGCAAGAGGCCGCUCCUGGGGGUUUUCCUGCUUCUGAAAAUUAGAAAAAAGACUUUUAAACAUUCAGGUAAUCCCCAAAAGCUACACGCAGCUGUGUGAUUUUAACCUUAGUGUGUAUUCUGCCUAGUGACUGGUGAGAAAGCAGGCUCAGGGAUACCAUUGGCUGGUUGACACGCAGCUGGCCAGCCCUGGGCUCUAGACCAUUCAAUGACAGUUAGGGACUCUGUGGUCACAGUGGACCGGGUCCCAGGCCCCAGGUCCAGCGUCCGCACACAGAGAGACUAAGGGGUGGCGAAGAAAAGGUUUCUUUCUCCGACAAGUUUUGUUUCCCCAUUGUGAUUAUGAGAUUAGAGAGAAGGACAAUAGGAAAAUCUUCAUUUGAAAGUCGGAGGAGAUAAAAUGCAGUGGAGAAUUCAAGAAGGCCUUGCGUCGCUGCUUCUCCAGGGAGCCCAGUCUUUGGCGCGGAUGGAGGCUGCCGCUGCUUUGCGCUUCUCCGCGCCCCGCUCCCUUCUGUCCUUCAUGUUCGUCAGCGGCUUGGGCCUGCUCUCAGCCCCGUUUACUGUCAUGGGGCCAGCUGACCCUGUCCUGGCCAUGGUGGGAGAAGACACCAUGUUCCGCUGCCACCUGUCCCCCGAGAAGGACGCAGAGCACAUGGAGGUGCGCUGGUUCCGUGCUCAGUUCUCCCCGGCAGUGCUCGUUUAUAAGGGUGGACAGGAGAGGACCGAGGAGCAGAUGGAGGAGUACCGGGGAAGAACCACCUUGGUGAGCGACCACAUCAACACGGGGAGUGUGGUGCUUGUCAUACGCAAUGUCACAGCCCACGACAAUGGCAUCUACCACUGUUACUUCCAAGAAGGCAGAUCCUACGACAAGGCCAUCCUGCGCCUGAUGGUGGCAGGCCUGGGCUCUAAGCCGCUCAUUGAAAUGAAGGGCCAGGAGGAUGGAGGCGUGCGGCUGGAGUGCACGUCCGGAGGGUGGUACCCGGAGCCCCAUGCGGUAUGGAGGGACCCUCACGGCGUGAUCAUGCCGGUGCUGGAAGAGGCUUACACGGUGGACACAGAAGGCCUCUUCAUGGUCACCACCGCUGUGGUCAUCAGGGACUGCUCGGUGAGGAACGUGUCCUGCUCUGUGGUCAACACCCUGCUUGGCCAGGAGAAGGAAACCAUCAUUUUCAUCCCAGAAUCCUUUGCUCCCAGCAUGUUUCCCUGGGCGGUGGGCCUCGUUGUCCUCCUGCCUUCUCUGCUUCUCUUCAUCACCGGGAGCAUCUGUCUCAUCAGGAAACUCCACAGGGGAAAAGAGGUUGAAAAAGAAGAAAAAGAAAUUGCAUGUAAGGAACUGGAGACAGACCAGAUGGAAAAAGAGAAAGAAUGUCAAAUAAGAGAGCAACUUGAAGAAGAACUACGAUGGAGAAGAACCUUGCUACAUGCCGCCGAUGUGGUCCUGGAUCCGGACACCGCUCAUCCUGAGCUCUUCCUGACAGAGGACCGGAGAAGCGUGAGACGAGGCCCCUCCAGGCAGAGUGUCCCCAACAACCCGGAGAGAUUCGACUGCCGGCCUUGCGUGCUGGGCCUGGAGAGCUUCUCCUCGGGGAGGCAUUACUGGGAGGUGGAGGUUGAAAACGUGAUGGUGUGGGCUGUGGGGGUUUGCAGAGGCAGUGUUGAGAGGAAAGGGGAGGCCCUACUGGUCCCCCAGAAUGGCUUCUGGACCCUGGAGAUGUUUGGAAACCAGUACCGGGCCCUUUCUUCCCCCGAGAAGAUUCUCCCCCUAAAAGAGCGUCUUCGCCGGGUGGGCAUCUUUCUGGACUAUGAAGCCGGAGAUAUCUCCUUCUAUAACAUGAGGGACAGAUCACACAUCUACACAUGUCCCCGUUCACCCUUUUCUGGGCCCCUAAGGCCCUUCUUCAGGCUGGGGUCUGAUGACAGCCCCCUCUUCAUCUGCCCAGCCUUCACGGGGGCACGGGGGCUCCUGGUGCCAGAGGGUGGCUUGAUUCUCCACAGGAUGGGGACCCAUCACCGCAGCCACCGUGAAGAGUUUCCUGGCCUCAGAGCCAAGUAGAGAAGCCUUGGGCCGUCUCUGCUACCAGAGCACAGCAUCCCGGAAGGAAAUGGGCCCUCCUUCCCUGUGGACCCAUGGAAGAACUGAGGGGAGGGAAGCCACAGCUGGAGGUCAGGGACUGGGGAAGCAGCCGGGGAGGUGAGAGCCACCAAGGGGUACGAGUGCUUCGAGCCUCACCCUCACAGCCGAGGGGCUCAGCAGCUGAUGGUCCAUUUCCCGCCCUCCCCUGAGCUUUCCAGGCCACACAGCAAAGCUCUCCCGGCCUAGAACUGAGCUGAAGGAUGAAGACACAUCUUGGCCUGGCUCAGGUGUCCUGUCAGUAAACUGGGAGUCAGUACUCCAUUCUGAGUAUGGCCUGAGGUUUAAGGUCCCUACUGAGCAGGUGAGUACUGAACCAGGUAGAUCCCCAGGUUCAGGUUCAAGGGGAAAAGCAGCACUUUCCAACUUUUUGACCUCAGGCUGCCUUUAGACAUUAAAAAUUAUUGAGGGGGGCGCUCUGGUGGAUGAGUCGGUUGAGUGUCCUACGCUUGGUUUUGGCUCAGGUCUUGAUCUCAGGGUUGUGAAAUUGAGCCUUUCAUCCAGCUCCGUGCUCAGAACAGAAUCUGCCUGAGAUUCCCUCUACUUCUCCCGCUGUCCCUCCUCCUACUCCUUGCUGUCUCUCUUGCUAAAUAAAUAAAAUCUUAAAAAA